UGUAUUUUCAAUAGCUAGCGCGCAUGGAUGCAUGUGCGACGCAUUUUUUCCAUUGAACGAAGAAGUGAUAUCUUCUGAGGUUUUAACACCUUUUUUCCUUUAGAUUUUGCUCAUUUUCUGAUGAAAAUUUGAAUCUGCGUAACUUAUAGAGGUAGAAUUUUCUCUGGAAAGUCUCCUCCAACAGGCGGUCAUGGUUAUGGCUGAUAAUCCCUCUCCUCCACCUCAGUCACACAGCGCGGAGGUCGUGGGUCGUGAAUUUGUUCGACAGUAUUAUACACUGCUCAAUGAAGCGCCAUUCUACUUGCACAGAUUUUACAAUAAGAAUUCUUCAUUUGUGCAUGGAGGUGUAGACGCACAUGGCAACCCAGAAGAAGCAGUUAUUGGGCAGGCCAUCCGGGAGAAAAUAGAGCAGUUGGAUUUUAGGGAUUGCCAUACCAAGAUCAAGCAGGUUGACAGCCAUGCUACUGUAGGAGACGGAGUUGUCGUACAGGUGAGUGGUGAAUUGUCGAACAAUGCCAAGCCGAUGCGUCGCUUCAUGCAGACGUUUGUCCUUGCUCCGCAGACGGCAAAGAACUACUACGUUAGAAACGAUAUAUUCCGUUACCAGGAUGAGGUCUUCAACGACUCUGAAGACUCUGAGACGGAGAAUGUUGAAGAAGUGCCAGCAAUCUCUGAAAAUGAUGUUGAAGAUGUAGCUGUGGCCCAGGCAACUAUCCCAGAGCCAGUGCAAGAUCCUGCUGUUACUUCUUACUACGAACCACAACCUUCUACAGUCAGUAAUGGUAUACCUCGCAUUGAUAGUCCUGAGGUGAUGAAACCAACCGAGGAUGAGGAAGUGGCCAGCGAGCCAUCCAGCUCCGGAGAGCAGCCUCCAAUCCCAGACCCAGUCGUUGAGAACCACACUCCCGAACCUGAAGAUGAGGACCCUGGGGAGGAGAAGGUACUGAAACCUGUCUCAUGGGCUGAGCGAGCUCGGGGUGGUGCGCCUCCUGUCCAUAAUAUUGCAGUCGUUAACACAGUGCCUGGGAAAUACACUUCGCAUACACCACCAGCCCCAGUUAGCGCAAAACAAGAGGUGGCCCAGUCUUCACGCAAUGACCCACUGCCCCAACGCGAGGUGCGCUCUAAAGACCGUGGCAGUCGUGGAAAUCCUCGACGUUUUCCUGACAACCAACAACUGUUUGUUGGCAACCUCCCUCUUGAUGUUGAAGAGGAGGAACUUAAGCAGUUCUUUAGCUCUUAUGGCCAGGUGUUGGAGACCAGGAUCAGUAAGAAUACCAUGGGAAAGAUCCCGUACUUUGGCUUUGUAGUUUUUGAGACUACUCAACCAGUGCAGAACCUAUUGAAAAUGGCCAAGCAACAGGAGCAAAUCUUGUUCCGUGGAACUCACCGGCUUAAUGUCGAAGAAAAGAAGCCCAGAGGAUCGGAUUCACGCCCACGCGGACGUGGCAACGAACCCCGCUUUGGUGGGCCCCCAAGAGGUGGUGCUUCUGGCCGAGGAGGUGGACGUGGAAAUUCAAGUGGAGUUGGAAAGGGAGGUGGAUCAUCCGGUGGACGAGGGUUCAAUCCUCAGCGUUAACCAAGUGGAUAUGGUGCUCGUCAGCCACAAUCACAAAGCAUGAAAAGCAAAACAAAAAAAAAAUAAACAAAAUAAAAUAAAGACUUUAAAUUAAAUCUCUGGAAACCCGCAUUCAUUUUUUUACAGUGAAGAAGAGCGAAACUAAUAAAAUCGUGGAAGAGGCAGUGUGUGCAUUCGCAUAGACAAAUGGCGGUUGUCACCCGCUUGUAGCAGCUAUUUUCCGACAUUUCUUGUUAUUGUCACAUGUUGUGUCGUUUGUUGCCUAGAUACUGAGAUAUCGAUUCCUCUAUUGAUCUCAAUCUGGUAUUAGACAGAAUAGCAGCAGCAUGUAUGAGAAGUUUUUGGUACUUUUUUGUUGUCCUGUUCCUGACAGUUAUGGGUCAAAGGUUAAAGGUUGUUGUCAAUUGUGAUUCAUGUCCGUUGCUACAAAAUAUCUUGUGUAGAAACUUAGGCAUAACCAAGGUUAAAUCAGGGAGGUAAUGAUGUUUUCAGCCCACAUCUAUGGUACAUUAUUUUGUUCCAGUGUUUUCUUUACAGAUGGAAUGAAACAGGUAAUAAAUAACAGAGACAUAAUAAGUCUUAGAAAUUAAAAACUAUCUAACUCCUGGUAAUAUCAUUAGGUUUAAUCUAUAUUUUUGGGGUUUUGAAAUGCCUAAGUACAAUUCAUAAUGUGAACUCUGAGGAGGUGGUGAUAGUGAUGAAAUAGACUGUGAAUGCAUAGUAAAUGCUGUAGUUAAAAUGUAAUGCAAGUUGAAAACUUACUCUUAAUAUAUGAAACUUGUAAAAAUAUGGAGGAAAUCUAUGCCUUGUUAAUAUGCAUAUGAUUAACAUUCGUUGGUUAAGACAAUUGAGAACCAUGUCAAAUACGGCUUAUGGCUGUCUAAUUUUUAUACCCUUAAUAAGCCAUUGUAUCUUAAAAUAGUUUGAUUCUGUGCCUGGGUUGCCUUAGGUUGUUGGUUGUUAAUUGUGGCCAGGGAGUUGUUGAAUACUUUACAAUGAAUGAAAUAAACAUGCAUAUGAUAAUGGCCACAUGAUUUGGCUGGGUUUGUAUUGGUAGUUAUGUAGAAAUCAUUCAUGCACACUUUGUAGCAAAUAUAUUAUCUUUAUUAUUUGCUGUGGCCAUAAAUAACAUGGAAAUAGGAUGGAAAUAUUGAAGCAUUGCUAAAUCAGAUGUUUUAUUUAUAUUUACGGAUUCAACCAUAAGUACUUUGGACAUAAGGCUGUUGCCCUCUGUUAAUGUCAAUUAUAACACCAGUGUGUACUGUACAUAUAAACAGAUAAAAAGGUUGUCAUGACGAUGCUGUCUCGUUUCUUGAAAUUAGUCUCAAGAUGAGGCAAGAUUGAGUUCAGAAGACUUGUUUCUUUUGAAGAUGAAAGAUUUCAUGUAAAUUUGAGCCUGUUUGCCACAGUAGAUUAUGCUUUAGAUAUUUUUUGGGGCAAUAAUUUAUAUACUGAUAAAUAAUUCCGGUUUAUUAUUUUAUGUUUUUUACCUAGGCAACCAUAUUUCCACUUAGAAAUUGGACCAAUGGUGAUAGUAAGGUUACUAAUAUUACCAUCGUGGACUCCUCAACUGGGUGGAAUUUCUGAAAUAAUUCAUUAAAUCUUUUUUUUUUCAUUACUGUAACUUGUGAUAUUUGUACUUUUUUAAUCAAUAAAAUAUACCCAUGCCAAAGGUUGAGUAGUCCAUUACGAUGAAAUUAAAUAAGUUGAGUUGUUUUUUGGUUUUUAUAUUAA